CAAAAGCAACUCACAGCAAUCUGAUACCGGAGACGAGCGGUCCAGACAAGCCUGCAAACGAGGCGUUCCCAGCCGCCCUGCCUGUCUGUCUGUCUGUCUACCCAGCGGAGCUCCACACGGUCAAUGCCAAACGCUACUGCCCCGGGGAAGAGCGGAGGAGCAGACAUCCAUCCUCUCGACCCGUCGUCUGCCAGCAGAGGAAUAUUUAACCCCCUUUUAAUCGCGAACUGAGCAAGCUAACAGGAUGCGUCGUUGGGCUGGCAAAUUAUUUUUGCCCACAACGGAGACCGUGAAAUGAGACGGGACGCGGAGCACUAACAACUAGCAAUUAAGCUAACAUUCAGUAGGCUUCGAUAGCAUUUAGCUUCCAGUCUAGCCAGCUAACCAAGCUAAUUGGCUAACGUUUAUAUACCAAAUUUUCAUUAUUAAUGUCGUGGAACUGCGUGUGUUUGCAAAGGGUAUGCGUGAGAACGGACUGUAUCUAGACGGAUGAGUUGUCCGUCGGCUAUUUCUGCGCUAUUCUUCUCUUCUCCCAAGUUUUCUAAUCCCAGACAGUCGCCCUAGGUAGCUAACAGUUAACAUGUUAGCCAGCAGAUAUGGACGCCGUUCGCUGGCUGGUUGUAGACGGCAGCUCCGCCAAACAAGUUAGCUGCGUUACUCGGUUAAGCAGUCUUGUGUGUGGUGGGGUCGAUAGCAGGGGUACUUUUACUGGAAAUUAGUCGUCAAAUCAGGACAAUCAAUCCCGACACAUCAGCGCUACCUUUUCACUUCCAUUCUCAAUGUGUGCCGUGCUUGAGAUAGCAGUUCAAGUUCUUGAGCUGACGUGAGAAGGGAGAAAACAAAGUGGUAGAGCUACAAGACAACAGGACCGUAACACCAAGACUUGGAGGAGCUCCAACUACGAGACCAAAGUCGACAUACAGUGUCAUGGCUGUGGGCCGAAUCACGAUGCUAACAUUGGCAAAGAUUGGCUUUUGCGUGAUGAUUCUCCUGACUCCCGUGGCUGCGGCGCAGGGCGAGGAGCGGGAAUGUGCCUUCACGGACCAGCAGCAGCAGUGGGAGGUGGAGCGAGUGGCCGGGGGCGAAGGCCGGGUCUCCCCAGAGAACACGACCAUCCGCUGCGCCAAGGGGAGCCACUGCUUUGGCCUGUGGGAGAAAAGCCCGCCAGGCGACGUGCGCCUGGUCAAGCAAGGGUGCUGGACUCACCUGGGCGACCACCAGGGCUGCAGUGACGACCGCUGCGUGGUGACCAACCUGCCUCCACAGAUCCAGAAUGGGACGUACCAUUUCUGUUGCUGCGGCAGCGACAUGUGCAACGUCAAUUUCACAGAGGCCUUCCCCUCACCCAGCCCCACCACCGAGCAGCCUGUUUACUCUCACACGCCGCACUACGAAGAGACAGUAAUUAUCGCCCUGGCAACCGUCUCCGUGUUGGCCGUGGUUGCUGUAGCAGCCUUCUUUGGUUACCGCAUGAUGCACGGAGAUGGUAAACAGGGCCUCCACAAUCUGAACAUGAUGGAAGCUGCUGGAUCUGAGAGCUCUCUGGACCUGGACAACCUCAAACUGUUGGAGCUGAUUGGGCGUGGCCGAUAUGGCGCCGUGUACUGCGGCUCGUUGGACGAGCGGCCCGUGGCGGUGAAGGUGUUCGCUGCGUCCAGCCGCCAGAACUUUCUCAACGAGUGCUCCAUCUACCGCCUCCCACUGCUGGAGCACGACAACAUCGCCAGAUUUGUGGCUGCUGACGAGCGGACAGGCGCUGAGGGACGCACAGAGUACCUGUUGGUCAUGGACUACUACCCACAUGGCUCUCUGAGUCGCUACCUGAGCGUCCAGACCAAUGACUGGGUCAGCAGCUGCCGGCUCGCCCACUCAGUCACCCGCGGCCUGGCCUACCUGCACACCGAGCUUUUCAAAGGAGACGUGUACAAGCCGGCGGUUUCCCACAGGGACCUGAACAGCCGGAACAUUCUCGUCAAAGCUGAUGGCACAUGUGUCAUCAUCGAUUUUGGCCUGUCCAUGAAGUUGACAGGACACCGGCCAGCACGCCACGGAGAGGAGGAGAAUGCUGCGAUCAGUGAGGUGGGCACAGUCCGCUACAUGGCUCCAGAGGUGCUGGAGGGGGCGGUGAACCUGAGGGACUGUGAGUCGGCCCUGAAGCAGGUGGAUAUGUACGCUCUGGGCCUGGUCUACUGGGAGACCUUCAUGAGAUGCACCGACCUUUUCCCUGGAGAGUCAGUGCCAGAGUACCAGAUGGCUUUCCAGGCGGAAGCGGGGAACCACCCAACAUUUGAGGACAUGCAGGUCCUGGUAUCCAGAGAGAAGCAACGGCCCAAGUUCCCUGAGGCCUGGAAAGAGAACAGCUUGGCGGUGCGUUCCCUGAAGGAGACGAUGGAGGACUGCUGGGACCAGGACGCCGAGGCCCGCCUCACAGCUCAGUGCGCCGAGGAACGUAUGGCCGAGCUGCUUCUCAUCUGGGACCGCUCCAAGUCGGUCAGCCCUACACUAAACCCCAUGUCUACUACACUGCACAAUGAGAGAAAUCGCAUGACACCAAAGUCUGGCCCGUACCCAGACCACCCCUCCUCUUACAUUGAGGAGCAGGAGGGCGCAGCCAAGAACACACAGGCCGACACCACCAGCUCUGUGAGCGGCCGAGCCGGAGCUGGGGCUGGAGAGCGGAACAGGAACUCCAUCAACCAGGAGCGCCAGCAGCAGGCCAACGCCCGUCUGCCCAGCCCAGAGGGGAGCAGCACCAGCGGGGCGGGUAUGGGUCUGAGAGGCAGCCCCUCCGCCUCCACUACUACCACCACUAUUAUAUCAGAGUCGGAGGGGCCCACAGGAGGCGCCACAGUCCCCGUCUGCCUCCACCUAACCCAAGAAGACCUGGAGACCACCAAGCUCGACCCCAAAGAGGUGGACAAGAACCUGAAGGAGAGCUCUGACGAGAACCUGAUGGAGCACUCACAGAAGCAGUUCUGCUCGCCGGACCCGCUGAGCCCUGGCAGCUCCAGCCUGCUUUACCCGCUCAUCAAGAUGGCCAGCGAGGCCUCGGGCACAUCAGACCCCGCUGCCGCCAUACCCACAACCAUUUUCCCUCUGCCCAAGCAGCAGAACCUGCCCAAGAGGCCGUCCAGCCUGCCCCUGCGCACCAAGCCCUCGAAGAAAGAGUCCUCAUCCUCCUCGCUCAGGUUCAAGUUUGGACGCUCCGGAAAGUCCAACCUGCGGCAAGUGGAAGGGACAAAGAUGAACAUUGGCACGGCGGCAGGCACAAACACGGUUGUGGAGGCUCACCGCGGCACGGGCACAAACAACCUACCUGUUCUGCGAGACAUGCACGUCAACGGUACCAUUAACGGUGCUGUCAACGGCCAAGCCAACAGCAGCAUCUCGCCCAUGGCAGCAGGAGGCGCCGCGGGUUUCGGAGGAUCCGGGGUAACUCAGAACGGUUCCGGCGCUCUGAGGUCGGACGACAGCCGCCUGAGCCUCGGCCUCAUCACGGCCAGCCCCGACGAGCACGAGCCCCUGCUCAGCCGAGAGACGGAGCAGCUCGAUCCAAGAGACAGUUCUGCGAACGUCGCCGCGCUCCGCUCCGCCCGGCCCAACACCAACAACAACAACAGCAACACCGGCCUGGGCUCGGGGGACGGGGAGAGCGAGGGAGAGAGUGACGGAGGAGAGGAGGAGGGGACCGGGGAGGGGGGAAGCAGGGAGCCCGCGGGACACACAGGAGAAAGCCUCGGGUCUGGGUCUGGUGCCGUGGACCCACAAGGAGCAGCUCCGGUCACUAUGCGAGGGGAGGCCCUGCUCAGGCAGCCCAAAGCCCGCCGGCCUGAGAGACCCAACUCCCUGGAUCUGUCUUUCACUACCCAGGACCUGGCCUCGUUAGGGGAGGACCUGGUUCAGCGGGAUGGAGCCUUGGGGACUGGAGACAAGAUCAAAAAGCGUGUCAAAACUCCUUAUUCCUUGAAGAGGUGGCGUCCCACCACUUGGGUCAUCUCCACAGACACCAGGGGGCCAGAGGUCAACAACAACGGGUCCACCCAGGGUCAAGGUCAAAGCCAGAGCCGGCCCAAGUCCAGUUCAGCUAUUUACCUUCGGGGAGGAAGCCUGGCCAGCGAGCCCAGCGACACGCACGUGUGAACUCAGCCCCUCCCCGAGGACUCGAAAAGAAAAAAAAAGGAGAACAUUUGGUUUUCGUCUGUCAAACUCUCUGUUCUGGUUUCGAAUCGACUUCAGCAAGAGGAAGCUAUCGAGAGUAUUGUGAACAAACAGUCGAGUCUGAUCAUGUACAGUAAUUCGGUCUCGCUCCUGUGUGUCUUUCUGAUGAUGGCAUUGCUUUAAAUGGAAUCCAGCUAUGCAGCAUUCUCAUUCGCUUCCGUUUCUGUGUUUUUAUUAAUCUCCCCUUUUGUUGGUUUGUUUUCACGUAUCUCAUUUCACCUUCAUGUGCAUAGCAAUGUUUUGAAUGGAUUUUGUUCUCUAGGUGCACUUUUGAACCGAUUAAAAUCAGUGUUUAGAAGUCCUAACUGUUGCGACCACAACAAGAAGUGGUCUCUAAACUUAAAAAAAAAAAAAAAAAAAAAAAAAAAAACGGCGGUGAAAAACAAUCAGCAUUUUGAGCGCUCUUUUUCUCGUAGCUUGCUCUAUCAGCAGCCGUCGAGAGUAGGCUCUGUAAAAGAAUUAACGGUCUUAAAGACAGAACACACUACUUUCACUUUUUUUUUUAUUUCCUUGAUUUGUAUGCAAUACCAAUUUUUGUCUUUUUUGACUAUGUAUCCAUUUUUUGUAUCAUAAUUUUUAAUUGUGCAAUAGGAUAUAGCUUUUAGAUGCUCUCAAUGUUUUUAUCGCUUCUUUUAUUUUGGUCAUUGUUUUAUCUCUUCAUUAUUUUGAUAUGUUAAUCUCUGUUGCACUUAAGAAUAGUCACAAUCGUUUGUAAACAAUCCCACCGUACACUAUCACCCCCCGCUCCGACUUGGGAGAGGAGAAAAUGGAUGACAAUCCUCCUCUCCCUCCUUCUUCUCCGGACACUAUCUGUUUGUCGGGGGGAAACAAACACUAACAAUCAGUCCCAGCUGACUGGAAAGAGGGUUUUCAUGGAACUUCUCUGCUUGCACAAUUAUAUACCAGGAAUGGCUCAAACUUUAUGGGGUCUUUUAAACACUACAAUCACAAGAAUCAUGGAUGGAGGGAUCUGUUACAGUGGCCGACUCAAAUCGCUGUACCACUAUCACCUGACCUCACUGUGGACUGUUUGACUGUCAGUCUGUUUCAGCUGUCUGUAUGUGACAGAAACACCAGAGAGACUACUAAAGCCCAGAUUCUGCUCUUCAAACUCUCCUGGAAGUCAGACACUAGUCAUGAGAAAAAAAAAGAAAAGAAAAGAAAAAAAAAAACAUCUGAAGCACGCUGGAUAUUAUUUCUGCUUCUUGUCGUCCCAUCCA